GGACCAAUGACACGCCCUCAUCCGCGGUGACGUUGACGGUUCGGAGGUUUUGUGCGCGAAGGUGCAGAUGUUGGCGGGUUGAAUAGAGACACAAAGGUUUUGAAAAGGUCUGCACUUCAAGUCGAGCUGAACUUGACGGUUAUUAAAAGACAAUCUUUCUGCAAAAAUGGCUAAUUGUGAUGACAUUCAAGUGAAGGAGCUGAACAAGCGCGCGUCAGGGCAGGCGUUCGAGGUCAUCCUGAGCCCCUCGACCCCCGAUGCCAAGGCGGACUUCCUGUUGUCCCCGAACAGGAAAAAAGAAACAUCUCUUGAUGAGAUUAAGAAGAAACUGGAAGCUGCAGAGGAAAGACGCAGGAGCUAUGAAGCUGAAGUCCUCAAACAUCUGGCCGAGAAACGAGAGCACGAGAAGGAGGUCAUCCAGAAGGCCAUAGAAGAAAGCUGCAACUUCAGCAAACAGGCGCAGGAGAAACUCAACCAGAAGAUGGAGGCGAACAAAGAGAACCGCUCCGCCCGCAUGGCAGCUCUCAACGAGAAGUUUAAGGAGAAGGAUAAGAAGCUUCAGGAGGUGAGGAAGAACAAGGAGGCAAUCAAAGACACAGAUAACUAGCCGUUUUCUGCUCUUGGUAACGGUUUCAACGUUUCCAAAGAUAUAAGCUGUAUGAGGGCCUUCUAAGAUCUUAAUAUUACCAGUUGCCAUUAUGCUGUAGACUGGUUUUAUUAGUUGUAUAUGUGGUCUGACUUUUGUUUUCUUCUGGAGUUCUGUUUGGCAGCUGACUUUACUGUAGUUGUAUAAAGGCGAUACCAUGUAAUAAAUCGGUUGUUAUAGUUACCAGUGUCAAAACGUUUUAACGGGCAUUUCCUGGAUGACUGUGCUGGAGAUGUGAACUGACAAGGAUUAUAUGCCAACCUGAUUCAUUUCCAACAUUUUGGUUUGUUCAGGACUGUGGAUGUCUUUGGCUUCACAACAUUUUCGCUUAAAUCUUAUUUCUGUUUUUCUGAGCAAGUCCUGACAUCUUCAUUGAAACUGAAAACUGUUACUUAACUGUUAAUAAAUACUUUGACUUUACUGACA